CAUAUUUACAAGGAAUGUUAAUAUCAAGUUGUAAAGGCGGAAGGUAUUUUUGUAUGGAAACGGAAGUAAAUUGAAUGGUCGGUGUGUGAGUUAUUGCAGUAGACACAGAAAUAUGGCUAGCUGCAAAGAAAGUUUGAUAGUGGCUGCCUUUGAUAUUGGAACGACCUAUAGCGGGUAUGCAUAUUCAACCAAUAACGACCCCAGAAAUGUUUGCACCAACCAAAUUUGGAUUGCCGGGGGCAGAGCACUCGUUUCUCUUAAAACCCCAACAUGCGUCCUUCUAGAUCCCCAUGGAAAGUUUCACUCGUUUGGAUACGAAGCUGAGAACCAUUAUGCUUCUUUGGCCGAAGACGAAAAUCAUCACGAGUGGUACUACUUCAGACGAUUCAAGAUGAUGUUGCAAGAAGACAAGGAAUUAGCUAGGGAAACGAUGCUUGAAGAAAUCAACGGCAAGAACAUGGAAGCUCUAAAGAUAUUCUCCUAUUCGAUUGAAUACCUAAAGGACCAUCUCAUGCGUACGUUACACAACCGUCUACCUGAUGUUACUGAGGAUGAUAUUCAAUUCGUUUUGACUGUUCCUGCCAUUUGGAAUGACCGUGCAAAGCAGUUUAUGAGAGACGCAGCCAACAAGGCGGGUAUCGGAAAUAACAAGCUGGUUAUCGCACUGGAGCCCGAAGCAGCUUCGAUUUGGUGUCAAGGAAUCGAGACAGAAGUUCAACGAAGUUCAAAAGGAGCGAGCGCAAACAUUUCAGCUGCUGGAACCCAAUACAUGAUUGUCGAUAUUGGUGGAGGAACAGCUGAUAUAACAGUUCAUGAAAAACAGAGAGAUAAAUCACUCAAAGAAAUUGCACCACCCAGCGGAGGUCCAUGGGGAGGCACAGAAGUUGACAACUCUUUUCUGGAAUUUCUGGCAUCAGUAGUAUCUGACGAGGUUAUGGAUACAUUUAAAGAGCACCAAAUGGCAGAUUAUCUCGAUAUUUUGAGAGAGUUCGAAACAAAGAAACGUUCAAUAGAGACCACAAGUUCUCGUAAAAUCCUGAUAAAAAUUCCCGCUAGCCUGAAGGAAAUAUUUGAAGAGCAUGGAAAGACUAUGGCGUCAGUAAAAGAAUUAUUUGGCGACAAGGUUGAUUGGAAAGGGGAUAAAAUGAGAAUUGAUGCUGAAAUAAUAAAGAACAUGUUCUCCAUGCCGGUACAGAAACUGGUGUACCAUGUUAGAAGUAUUUUGGCAAGCAGACAGAUGAGAAACGUUAGAUCAAUCAUCUUGGUUGGUGGUUUUGCAGAAAGUCCUUACGUCCAAGAUACAAUUAAAGAAUCGUUUGGAGAAAAGACCAUCGUAAUUCCACAAGAUUGUGGUCUAGUUGUUUUGAAAGGUGCUGUUGUGUUUGGACACAAACCGAGUUCUAUUUCUUCAAGAAUUGCUAGGUACACAUACGGCCUAGAACUAGCAGUGCCAUUUGAUAAGAGCAUUCAUCCUGAAGAAUAUCGCCUAGAGCAUAAAGAUGGCGAUUUUUGUGACUUUGGGUUUUGGAAAGCAGUUGUGGUUGGUACGAGCAUCUCUCCGGGUCAAAGAGUAUCGCGAAUUGGUCGUCCUUUUGAGGAUUAUCAAGAUCAUGUCAAAUAUGGUAUUUUCAGAUCCACACGGCCUAAUACGAUUCUUGUAAUAGAAGAAGACUGUGAAAAAAUUGGGGAUGUUUGCAUGGAGCUUGAUUCAUCAAAACCUUCAAAAGACAAUACAUAUGACCAAACGUUUGUAUUUGGUGACACCGAAAUAAAGUUUUGUACGACAAAUCAUGUCACUGGCGAAGAAAUGCAAGUAUAUUUAGAGUAUUAGAUAAUAUAUCGAUUACAUACUUUCUUUACUUGUAGAUAAAUAUGUGUUAUCGGGAAUCGAAAUGGUUGUUGUCUGAUCCAAUGUUGCCAUUCUUAAAACGUACGCUUUGAUAUUCCGCGCAUUAUAUAGUGAAAUCAUUAAGAAUAUGUGCAUUAUUUGGUCAUUAGUUUAAGAAUGGGACAUUUUGAUCAUUCCUUUUGUAUAAAUUCAUGAGCAAGUUUCUAAGCCUGUUCCAUUAAACAAUGGAUAGGCAAAACAAUGCGUGUAUCAAAUGUGUGUUUUCAAUAUAUAUAUAAAAUAUGUACACUACUAUAUCAUAUAAUAAAAGUCAU